GUUGCCAGCUUGCCGAAAAACAGCUGAUCCGCCGGCUGCACGCAAUUUACCUUGUUACGUCGUUACCAAAAAACAAAUUGGUUUUAUUCAAUUAAAAUGCUGCCCAUUGCACGUGGAAUUUACAGUGGACUAGCAAACAUAACGAGGAGCAGCCGGGGAGCUCUGCACACGGCCAGUGCACUUCGUUGCAAGGCGGAGGAAGCGGGCGAGGCAAAGGAUGAGGAAUCCACUGAGGGCGACGGAGAGGAUAGCUCCAGUGGAUCCGCACCAGAUCCCAAGGAUCGCAGCAAGGCCAUUCCCGUGGAGACGUCGAUGCGCUACUUGAAGAGCGCCGCCUACAAGCAAACCUACGGCGAGGAUUUCGUGUGGACGCAGUAUCGUCGCAACCACAAGGGCAUGUAUGCGCCACGGAAAACCCGCAAGACGUGCAUCCGCCAGAACAGGAUCUCCACCGGAAACCCGUGUCCCAUUUGCCGGGAUGAGUACCUGGUGCUGGACUACCGCAACACAGAACUCCUGGAGCAGUUCAUCUCGCCGCACAGCGGUGAUGUGCUUAGCUACUCGAAGACGGGUCUGUGCCAGAAAAGUCAUUUGCGACUGAUGGUGGCCGUGCAGCAGGCUCGCGAUUCCGGAUACCUAACAUACGAUGUGCCCUUCAGGGAGUACGAUUACAGCGAGUACUACGGACAGGAACAGAAGCAGAAAGCUUAA